CAUUCCAUGAAAACACGCGUGCUGCUGUUACGUUUACGUGUUGAUGAUUCUCUUGUUGAUGAGUGUGUUUCCUCUCAGUGUACUGGUAUGUGGCACGAUUUUGAAGGCAAGAAAGCGUAGACUUCAUUUACUUUUUUAAAAUCUUUUUUAAGUAAACCUUUGAGUUCUUUGACAAAUGCGAUUACAGCAAAUUAAUUUCCCCUAGUCAACCCAAGAAGUUACAACAGAUCUAGCUGUAAAUGCUUAGGAUAGAGAUGAGAGACUAAAUGUGCCAGUGAUAUUUGGAACAUGGCAGAUAUUCCCCAACAUACAGCUGAAUCCCAGGUACAGGAGGACACUCUGGAGCCUUCACCCAAGAAACAGAAAUUAGAAGAAGGAACAGAUCCUGUCGUGGUUAAAGAUAAAGAAAUCACAGGGAGUGAAGAUGGAAGUCUCCUCACUGAAAAAGAUUGUGGAAUUACUGAGUACCUCAGUUCACAUCAGGGGUUCACUGGGGUGCUGAAACAGAGGUUUUCAGAUUUCAUAGUCCAUGAAAUAGACACAGAUGGUAAUAUAGUGCACCUGACAGAUCUGUCUCUGCCACUGGAGAAGGAAGAGUGUCCAGAUCCAGGAUUAGACCUAUGCCCAUUCUUCUCUGCAGAAGACAUUGCUAAACUUGAGGAGUUUGUGACAAGAGAAGACAAGGCUGCCACUCUGACACUGCCAGUCCAGGAAGAUAAAGAAAUGAGAACCCAGAUGUACAAAACCUUGAAGAAGAAGUAUCCUAACUUAGAUGGCAGAACUGUGAAAAGUGAGAUAGGAGCAAGUGUCAUUGAGGUCUCUUUCAAAAAAGGGGAGAGUCGAUCCUCACAGGUAUGGCCUCAGAGCCGAGGAAAACACCUGAAGUUUGUACUGUACAAGGAGAACAAGGAUACCAUGCAGGCCAUUAGUCAAAUAUCCAGAUUUCUCAGGAUCAAGCCCAACAUGUUUUGCUAUGCUGGGACCAAAGACAAGAGAGCAGUGACCACACAAUAUAUAUCCUGCUUCAAAGUUGAUGCAAAAAGGAUCCAAGAACUCAAUCAGCAUACUGAUACUUUGGCCAUGGGAAACUUUAGAUAUGUGGAUCACCCUGUAACCCUAGGGCAACUGAAAGGAAACCAUUUCACUAUUGUAUUGAGGGAUGUACUAGGCACAGAUGACCAGAUCAAUGCUGGGUGGACGGCGGUACGGGAGACAGGACUGAUUAACUACUUUGGAAUGCAGAGGUUUGGUACAACAAUUGUACCCACACACCACAUAGGAAGAGCUCUGUUGCACUGUGAUUAUAAAGAGGCUUUGGAGCUGAUUAUGAAGCCAAGACAUAAACCUGGGGAGAGAAGCUGGGACAAACCGGAGCAGUGCAGACAGAAGUGGUCAGAGACGAGGGACGCUGGUCAGGCCCUGGCGGUCAUCGGCAGGUUUAACUGUGUGGAGCAGUAUGUGAUGACUGGACUAAAGAAACAUCAGGGGAAGAACUUCCAGGCAGCCAUACAAAUGAUUCCCAAGAACAGUAGAACCCUGUACAUGCACAGCUAUCAAAGUUAUAUAUGGAAUCAGAUAGUGUCCAGACGGAUACGACAGUUUGGAAUGAAGCCAAUGGCAGGCGACCUGGUCCUGGAUAGCAAUACUGUAGAUGGCGCUGACUGCGAUGUGGAUGAUUUGGAUGCUGUAAAAGAGCAAUCUCAGAAGUCAGCAGGGGACACUGCCAGUCAACCCAGUGUAAUAGUUCUUACAGAGGAGACUGCAGCCAACUAUACAAUUUAUGAUGUUGUCAUACCGUUACCUGGAUAUGGUGUUACUUACCCUGAAAAUGAAGUGAAACAAUGGAUUAGUGACCUGCUCAAGAAAGACGGAAUUGAUGCAGACACCUUCAAACAGAGUUUAAAAUCAUUCUCUGUAUCAGGUAGUUAUAGGAAGAUGUUAGUACGCCCAGAGGGGGUCAAAUGGAGCAUCCAUCGCUAUGACGACAACACAAUUCCCCUGGUGCUCACAGACCGCGAUAGACUUAAUAAUGUGGAGCUACCCACACAAUCUGAGGAAGGGCAGUUGAAGGCAAUCAAAGUGGAGUUUAGUCUUCCUAAGGGUUGCUAUGCAACCAUGGUUGUCAGGGAGGCCCUGAAGAUGGAGACAUCCCAGUCCUUUCAGAUCAGUCUCAACAGAUAACACAGGGUUUUUCUUUAUAUUUGAGAAAGAAUCAUUGGAAGAGAACGUUUCAGGCAAGUCAGACAGCUGGGCACAUCGUGGAUAUUCCUCAAGUUUUUUAAGGAGGCAUUUGGGAAAUAUUUUAAGGAGACUUUUGAAAAGACAGAAAUGGCUGUCACAGUUGUUAUUUCUGGAUAGAAUGGACAGAGGUCAAUCAGCCCAAGUGUUCAGAUCUGCGUCUGGCAGGAACCGUAAUAGUGACAGCGACAGUGAAGGGUCCCAGUUCUCUCAGAUCAUGCCGUGUGGUAUAAUUCCACUGAUGUUCUUAAGCCAGCUGGUGGUACACACUCAGAAGGUGGCUACACAUCUCUGGUUCUCUUGAGCUGAAUUGAAAGCAGUAAAUAAACUAUCAGUAAGAGCAGUAAACUAAAGACCUGUUUUAAUGCCUGACUCAUGACAGUAGUGUGUUGAAGUAGCUGGUAGAUCAGACACAACCCCUGGUGUCUGGUGAGGACAUAGUGAAGUACCUCCAGGACACUUAUAUCAGUCUCUUAGACAAUGAUGUCAGUGGUGUCCUGAAGUGGAAUCAUGGAGAAUGUCAGGAGGACAAAACAGAUGUUCUGAAAUAAAAAAUGUGUGGGUGUAUUUACAACAUAGCCCUGUCAGUUAAAAUAGUUUAGUAUUCAAGGAAGGGAAAGCUGGAAAUUAUUAUCACAAUAUAUCUAAGAUGUCAGCUUCAAGUGUGCUAAGACUGUUUGGAUAGAAAUUUGAUUUUUUGUCUGUAAUGCUCACAGAGUGUUACUGGCAUUUUAAUGGUCUCGAGACUGUAUCAUGUUCUCUAUAUACAUGUACAGACUGUGGUAAACCUGUUAAAAUCUUAUUCUUUAACCUAGAAAUAUCCUUGAUUACCAGCUUCUGCAAAGGGCAAAAUGACAAAGAAAUUAAAUUUAUUUAGGCUGAACUUGCAUGGCAAGAUUUUAAUCUGUACUGAUUUUUUGUCACAAAGUAAGUCGAGAAUACCUGGAGCCUGUCUACAACAGGGACUGUCACACCUGGUGUUGCUGACUGAAUUCAGGCAUAUUUGUUUCUAUGUCUUCUAUUUGUAAUAUUUGUCAAUUCUAAUAGGCUCGACCAAAAUUAUUACUGUUUAAGGUAGUAACUUAAACUUAUAAAUUUGGAAAUAAACUGUUGAAAUGGUGUGAGCAGACUUGCGUA